AUGUCAUCCUCUGUUCACUUCAAGUUCAAGUCUCAGAAAGAACCCUCCAGGGUAACCUUUGAUGGCACCGGUAUCUCUGUCUUUGAAUUGAAACGCGAAAUCAUCAAUCAGAGUAGGCUUGGUGAUGGAACUGACUUCGAGUUAUCGAUCUAUAACGAGGAUACUGGGGAAGAGUACGAUGAUGAUACCACCAUCAUACCCCGUUCCACUGCUGUCAUCGCCCGAAGACUACCUGCCUCCCGGCCUGGGAAAGGCGGUGCUGCCCGUUAUGUAUCCGGGAAAAUGCCCGUGAAUGCGCGCAACGCCCCUCGUCAUGAUCAGACUUCGUCGACCCGGACAGCUCUAGGUUCUAGUAAUACAGUUAGCAACGGUGUUCAGGAACUUAAUAACGCUCAGACCGAAGAGGAGAAAAUCAAUGCGCUAUUCAAUCUGCAAGCUAAUCAAUGGAGGGAACAACAACAGGAGAUGGCGAAUGUCACGCCUGUUCCCUUUGGCCGAGGUCGAGGUAAACCAGUCAAUAUUCCCGAUCAUCCACCGCCACCCGGUUAUCUUUGCUACCGAUGUCGUGAAAAAGGACAUUGGAUCCAAGCGUGUCCAACAAAUAAUGACCCUAAGUUUGAUGGGAAGUACAGAGUCAAGAGAUCAACUGGUAUCCCUCGCUCUCUUCAAACCAAGGUCGAGAAGCCGGAAUCAAUCACACAGGAUGGGUCUAGUGAAGACUUAAGAAAUACUGGCGUGAUGGUCAAUGCUGAUGGAGAUUUCGUUAUUGCGAAGCCAGACAAGGCAGCGUGGGAACUGUACCAAGAGAAAGCCAAAGCAUCCGCCGCAGCCGCCGCAGAGGCAGCAGCGGCAGAAUACAGCAAAGAGCUGCAAACUCGAGGGUUGGAAUGUCCAAUUGACAAACGCAUGCUCCUAGAGCCCACAAAAACGCCGUGCUGCCAAAGAACUUACUGCAACGAUUGCAUUACGAAUGCCUUAAUAGAGAGCGAUUUCGUCUGUCCUGGAUGUGCAACGGAGGGAGUCUUACUUGAUAAUCUCUUCGUCGACGAGGAGGCCGUCGAUAAAAUAAAGGUGUAUGAGACCGAAAAGGCAGAGUCCAAAAAGGAGAAGGAAAAGCAACAGACUUCUCACGAGGACCAGUCGGCUGCUGCAAGUGAUGCCGCAGUUACGAUAUCUGAAACGACUUUACCCAGCCAAGGUGUAAGUGCAGAAUCGAAAAAAAGACCAGCCGAGUUUGAGCGUCCCAGCACGGCUACCGAAGAGCCCAUUGCCAACACCUCGUCAAAGAAACACAAAACCGACAACAUUCAAGCGACAAGCGACAAGCCCACUUCACAAACUCAAAAUCAUGCUGGAUCUACUACGACUCCUCCCUUCAGCCAGCAGAUGUUUCCCGGCCUCGGUUUCAUGCAGGCUUCCGGUAUUCCUGCAAUGCCGUUUCCUGACCCUGGAUUUGAGCCCGUUGGAUUUAUGAACAACGCAAUGGGUUUGAAUCCGACCGGCAAUUUUCCGACCCCUAUGGACCAAGCAUGGAACACUAUGAACCCACUAAACUUCAACUCACUUCCAGGUGGGCCUUACGGUGACCAUGUCAGUGGUGCAAUGCACGGCGGAUAUGGCCCAAAUGGUAUGUAUAAUGGCGUUGGAGAUACGCCCAGUAACAUGUUUCCCAUGUCUACAAUGGUGGGACCCAACCCAGGGUUCCCGCAGGGACCGGGAAUGAGUCAUUUCUCGAAUCAGCAACGAACCACAUUCAGCACCCCGUAUGCGAGAGAAGAGGAUACGGCUUAUUUCCGCCAACCUGUUAACCCGCAAAGACACCAGGCAAGACACCGGAGGAUAAGACCUAGUGAUUACCGUGAGCUGUAA